CGCGAGCGUUAGAUAAAGACAACCCAAUCAACAUGAUGCAUUCUUAAUCUCUUAUGAUAAUACUGUACAAAACAGCACCGGUGGACCCGAGAUUCUACCGGUGUGGUCCCGCUCCGCCGCCGGACGCUUGGCAAGCCGCUUGGCAUCCACCGGUGAUAUAACCAAAGACUAUAUAUCCAAGCGUACGAGAAGUUCUGAAAUACCCAGCUCAAACUUCUCGCAAUGCUCUCCCCCCGCCAUGGCAGCAGCGGCUCCGGUGAUGGUGUUAUACAGUACCACUGGGGCUAUUUCACCCGGGAACUGCCGUGCACAAGUGAUGCGGGCAACUGCGCAUAUUUGGAUGCCGUGUAUGGGGGACAUGAUUUGUCGAUGAUCUAUAGCGCUAUUCUGUGGGCGGUUAUUGGGGGUGUUCUUUUGUUUUGUGCCGUGGUUAAUUAUUUUCCGGUUUCGCGGAGGGUUACCGGUGCUGGGACUAAGGAAGUCGAGCAACCGAAUGAGCGACAAGGCACGGUAUAUCGUGUUUGGAGAUCCAUCGUCGCAGUAUCGAAUCGCUACCUCCUUUCGGAAUCGCUGACACCCGUGUUCGGACACACGACCCGACUUAACAUCCUCGUCCUCGUUAUUUUAAUCGGAUACCUCACCAUCUUCACCUUCGUCGGAAUCACAUACAAAACAUGGUACAGCCCCAUCGAAGGGACGAAUCUGAAGAUGACACGAGCCGGGCUAGGUCCCUGGGCUGAUCGGAUCGGAGUUAUGGCAUACGCCUUGACGCCACUAUCCCUGCUCCUGAGCAGCAGAGAAUCGCUUCUCUCCCUGAUAACUGGCAUCCCAUACCACCAUUUCAACUUCUUGCAUCGCUGGCUGGGAUGGAUUAUUUAUAUCCAGUCCGCUUUGCACACGAUUGGAUGGACCAUCUUCGAAGGACACCUGUAUCAGCCGCAACCACAGAAGUGGAACGAGUUCAUAUCGCAGCAGUACAUUAUCUCCGGUAUUGUCGCGAUGAUCUGCAUUACUUUCCUUGUUCUGCAUAGCACGCAAUGGUGUAUCAGGUUGACUGGUUAUGAGUUCUUUCGGAAAUCGCACUAUGUUAUUGCCAUGGUAUAUGUUGGGACUUGCUGGGGGCACUGGGAUAAGCUGAGAUGUUGGAUGAUUGCGUCACUUAUCGUCUGGAUGUUGGAUAGGACUGUACGACUCGUGCGUGCUUUUAUCGUCCAUUGUGCGGGUAGCGCAGGGUCAAAUUAUUCGUUGUGCGGCAGCGUUCUGGUCCCCAAGGCCAAGAUGACUUCUUUUCCUAACGGCCAGGAUGGAGACGUUGUCCGUUUGGAUUUCCAGCAUGAUUAUCCAACAUGGAACAUCGGUCAGCAUUUUUAUUUAUGUUUCCCCGAACUUAGUGUUUGGCAGUCGCACCCAAUGACACCGAGCAGCGUUCCGGUGUCGAAUCCGCAGGGACAGGGCCAGUCGCAUUCGUACAUCAUUAGAGCGAAAAAGGGCCUGACAAAGGACCUAGCAGGUAUUGCCCGCGAGACCCAGACGGAAUCAGGAUCGUCAUUGGACAGAGCAAGAACCACAGAGGUUCUUCUCUCGGGCCCGUACGGACAGUCCAUAGUCGACGCUGACCUGAUUCAAACGGAUGACAUUAAUCUCUUCUGUGUCGCUGGCGGCACGGGGAUAACAUUUAUUCUUCCGGUGUUAAUGUCGCUGGCGACAAGCAACAAAUAUUGUUGCAGAAAAGGGCUGACAGAAUUCGUCUGGGUCAUUCGACGGAAGGCAGAUAUGAAAUGGAUCAGCACGGAACUUGACACUUUGCGCGAAACUGCGGAAAUAUUCCCUUCAUUGCGCAUUCGCAUAUUCGUCACUCGAGAGGAACUCUCGGCAGAAAGCGACGGUACAUCAUCUGGACCUACUGACUCCAAUCCGAUAGAUAAGGGUUUCUCUGACAAGACCGUUGAGAGUUCUUGUUGCGGGCAACCGUCUCCGAAUGAAGAUGAUCAGCCAUUUAUGGUUCAACACAUCAAGGACUCCGAUACAGCGCACCCGAACAUUGCGCCAAUUCUGGGGAACUUCGUCUCGAGAACAGUUGCUGGACCGACAAGAGUCAUGGCUAGUGGGCCUCCGGGAAUGAUAUCGGACCUUCGAAAAGCGGUGGCGUUAUCGAACGACCCAGGUCGAGUGUUGAAAGGAGACGAGAGAUGUGAUGUACAGUUAGUGCAUGAUGACCGUGUGGAGUGGUGAUUACCAGUAUCUGGUUGUGUUUUUGAUAUGCAUUUUCAACGGACUCAUGCUGGUCAUAGAGAUUAAAAUUAGAUUAGAAUAAUAUACCCCAAGUUGCGAACAUUGGCUAUGAACAUUAAACAUUAAGGCCACAGACGAGAUAGAUGAACCUGGACAGGGAUUAACGGUCCGUCGUGAGUAUAACCGGAUGGCCCAAACACGGGAGACCCAAGUAGAGGCUAAAGCAAGUCCAUCACAAUCCUG